CUUAUUUAUCCUUUAGAAGGAAGGUGGCCAUUCAAAUUGGUUGGGUGACCCAGAAGAACCAUUAACAGGAUUUUCAUGGCGAGGAGGCUCUGACCCAGAAACCACUGGGAUUCAGAUCUGGAGUGAUGUUUUCACUGUGGAGAAGCCAGGUGGGAAGAAGGUUGCAGUUAUUCUGAUGGACACACAAGGGGCUUUUGACAGCCAGUCAACUGUGAAAGACUGUGCCACCAUUUUCGCUCUAAGCACCAUGACUAGUUCUGUUCAGAUUUAUAAUUUGUCUCAGAACAUUCAGGAAGAUGAUCUUCAACAGCUGCAGCUCUUCACAGAAUACGGUCGUCUGGCAAUGGAUGAAAUUUCCGAAAAACCCUUCCAGACACUGAUGUUUUUGGUUCGAGACUGGAGUUUCCCCUAUGAAUACAGCUAUGGACUGCAAGGAGGAAUGGCAUUUUUGGAUAAGCGUUUACAGGUGAAGGAACAUCAACAUGAAGAAAUUCAGAAUGUUCGAAAUCACAUCCACUCAUGUUUCUCCGAUGUUACCUGUUUUCUCUUACCACAUCCAGGACUCCAGGUGGCCACAAGUCCUGAUUUUGAUGGGAAAUUGCAAGAUAUUGCUGGUGAAUUCAAAGAGCAGUUGCAGGCGCUGAUACCAUAUGUAUUAAAUCCAUCUAAGUUAAUGGAAAAGGAGAUCAAUGGCUCAAAAGUUACCUGCCGCGGACUGUUGGAAUAUUUUAAGGCAUAUAUUAAAAUUUAUCAAGGAGAAGAUCUGCCUCACCCCAAAUCCAUGCUUCAGGCCACUGCUGAAGCCAACAAUUUAGCAGCUGCAGCCUCUGCCAAGGACAUUUAUUAUAAUAGCAUGGAGAAGGUUUGUGGGGGAGAGAAACCUUAUAUGUCUCCUGACAUUUUAGAGGAGAAGCACUGUGAAUUCAGACAACUGGCUCUGGACCAAUUUAAGAAGACCAAGAAGAUGGGUGGGAAGGAUUUUAGCUUUCGCUACCAGCAGGAGCUGGAGGCAGAAAUCAAGGAACUCUAUGAAAACUUCUGCAGGCACAAUGGUAGCAAGAAUGUCUUUAGUACUCUCCGAACCCCUGCAGUGCUGUUCACAGUCAUUGUUAUUUUGUACAUAGCCUCAGGCCUCACCGGCUUCAUUGGUCUUGAGAUUGUGGCCCAACUGUUCAACUGUAUGGUUGGACUGCUGUUAAUAGCGCUCCUUACUUGGGGGUACAUCAGGUAUUCCGGUCAAUAUCGAGAGCUGGGCGGAGCUAUUGACUUUUGUGCAGCAUAUGUGUUAGAGCAGGUUUCUUCUCAUAUUGGUAAUUCUACUCAAGCUGCUGUGAGGGAUGCAGUUGUUGGGAGACCACCUAUGGAUAAAAAAGCUCAAUAGCAUCUUAACAGAUCCAGCAGGAGCCCGACCAGUUCCUGGAUUCUUGGAUCUCUUCAUGGCCCUGGGUCCAGGUCCAGAGGAAGGGCAGAUCGGAAACCAUCUGGCAAGAGCUGCAACAGGGAACUGCAAUAAAUGAACUGACCUCUUCUGUGGUUUCAAAUUCUUAAACACAUUUCCAUUUCUGUUGGAAGCAUUCCUUUUCUUGCUCUUAGAUCCAAGUCCAUAUCUGUCUUGUUAUUCUCUGCUUUGUGCACUUUAUAGGCAGUGGGGGAAGCUAAAGAAAAAUGUGGAAAUGCAGCUUUUAAGUCUUUUAUGUGCCACUCUAGUGCCUUUUAAGAUUGAAUCCAUGCUUUUGUGGACACAGAGGGGAAGAGAUGGAGGAAAACUUCAUGAAAAUGUGCUAUUGUGGGUGAAACUUGUCAAUUCUUACAUACCUUACUCAUUUGAGAUAGUUUCCUUUUUUAAAAAGUUUACAAAACUUGGAGAAGCUUCAGAACUAAAGAAUAACUGAAAAUGAUGCCACUACACUUUUAAAAUCUUAUUUAUAAUUUUAAGCUUCUGUUUGCCAUAUGCCAUGGGAAAACCAUAUCAUAUUUAAAUAUACAUACUUUAGAAUAUAAGGUCUUUUACUUGAUAGCUUGGUAGUUUUGUUGAAUCUGCUUUAUUUUUUGUUCCUAUGGCUUUUAGUACAGAGGUAAACAUGCCUGAAAAGCCAGAGUAGCCCAUAAUAAGAGGAAUGAGAAUGGAUA